AAUGUGGCAUCUCUGCGCCGAUGUCGCUAAUGGCGUUACGUUUGUGUAAUUAUUUUUUACACGAUGUGAAAGUAAAAAGUGUGUAAAAAUUAGGAGGAUAAAACGAUUCUAGUAAAAUGCCUGCACAAGAAAUUGCAGUUAUUCAACCACCGGCGACCGAGAGUGAAGAAAAUAAUGCACCUUCGUCACAGCCGAUUGUGGGCAUCAUAUACCCUCCACCGGAGGUUAGAAAUAUUGUCGACAAGACGGCUAGUUUUGUGGCCAGAAAUGGGCCAGAAUUUGAAUCAAGAAUCAGACAAAAUGAACUUGGAAAUCCAAAGUUUAAUUUUUUAAAUUUUGGCGAUCCAUAUCAUGCUUAUUAUCAACAUAAAGUAAAAGAAUUCAAAGAAGGAAAAGGUCAAGAACCAACCAUAGGAGCAGGACUUGGAAAAACAGUUAAUCUUAUAGCUCAUCAAAAGCAACAAGAAAUUUUAAAACAAGUUGAGCAGCCAUUCAUUCCAAAAGAUCCACCUGCAGAAUUUGAAUUUAUCGCAGAUCCACCUUCCAUCUCAGCUUUAGAUCUGGAUAUUGUAAAACUGACAGCACAAUUUGUAGCUCGUAAUGGUCGUCAGUUUUUGACAAACUUGAUGAACAGGGAACAGCGGAACUUUCAGUUUGACUUUCUACGUCCUCAACAUUCCUUGUUUCAAUAUUUCACGAAACUUUUGGAACAAUAUACAAAGGUAUUAAUUCCACCUAAGGACUUAUUACCACGUCUUCGAGAUGAAGCAGCUAAUAUGGAUAAAAUUUUAGAGCAAGUUAAAUAUCGUGCUGAAUGGUUAAAAUAUCAAGAAGCUCAAAGGCGUAAAGAAGAAGAAGAAUUGGAACGCGAAAGAGUUGCUUAUGCACAAAUUGACUGGCACGAUUUUGUCGUGGUCGAGACUGUUGACUAUCAACAAUUUGAAGUUGGUAAUUUCCCAGCGCCCACAACACCGGACGAAGUUGGUGCCCGAGUACUGAUGCAGGAGAGAAUAGAAGAUGGCGAAGAUGUCGAAAUGCAGAUUGACAGUGACGGAGAAGAUGAAAUGCAAAACCGUACAGAAGGUGAAAAGGAUCGCGCGAAAGACAAUAAUCAAGUACAAGAUAUGGAGGAGGAUUCGAGCGAUGAGGAUGAUGUGUCACCACCAGGUGAUACUCACAAAUCGAAAGAAUCGAAGCCACGCGAUAAUAAUAGUAUGCAACCUCCGCCAUUGCCUCCUACUCCAGGAAAUGUUGUUGUGAAGAAAGGUUAUGAUCCUAAACAACAUGGAAACAAAACUGUCCGUCCUGUUGCUCCUGAUGAGUACUUAAUAUCUCCGAUCACUGGAGAACGUAUUCCGGCGAGCAAAGUUCAAGAACAUAUGCGAAUCGGAUUGUUGGAUCCACGGUGGGUGGAACAGAGAGACAAACAUCUCGAUAAGUUGGCGCAAGAAACAGUAUUUGCACCUGGUACAGCAAUCGAGGCUAGUUUGAAACAACUCGCCGAAAGACGUACCGAUAUCUUCGGUGUCGGUGACGAGGAAACUGCUAUCGGUAAGAAGAUUGGAGAAGAGGACAAAAAGAAGGACGACAAAGUUACAUGGGAUGGACACACGUCGAGUGUCGAAGCGGCUACCAGGGCUGCCAGAGCGAAUAUUACUUUGGAAGAACAAAUUCAUCAAAUACACAAAGUUAAAGGUCUUCUUCCGGAUGAAGAGAAAGAGAAGAUCGGUCCGAAACCAGCCAAUCGUGCGGCAGAACUGUCGCACAUGGCAGCCGCUGCUUCAAAACCUCAAGCUACGCUGAAAGCACCACCCAAACCACCAGCUCCAAAACCGGUACCAGUUCCAACGCAACCACCACCACCACCAACCAUGAGUAUGCCUACUAUGGGUAUUCCUCAGCCGAUGAUGCCACAGGCACCGAUGAUGAUGAUGGCUCCUAUGCCUCCUAUUCGACCACCGCCUCUUAUGACACCAGCAAUGUCACCGUUUAUGCCAACUCCACCACCUAUGCAACCACCAAUGGCAUCUGCUGUAAGUAUUUACGAAAUGGGAUUAAAACAUCCUACUGAAAGUAUGGAAGACGAACCGCAGACUAAGAAACUGAGAACAGAGGAUUCAUUGGUACCCGAACAACAGUUCUUGGCUAGAAAUAAGGGCCCCGUUCAAUUAAAUAUAGCCGUGCCGAUGAUGACAGAAAAAGCAGAAUGGAAGUUGAACGGCCAGACAUUAAAUAUUACUUUGCAAGUGAGCGACACUGUGGCAACCAUGAAAGCUCUUAUACACGAACAAACUGGUAUGCCUCCUGGUAAACAGAAGUUACAGUACGAGGGAAUGUUCUUCAAAGAUAGCAAUACUCUUGCAUAUUAUAAUUUAACAUCUGGUAAUGUAAUCAACCUCCUACCAAAGGAAAGAGGUGGCAGAAAGAAGUAAACAAUUCGUAAUUGAUUGGUUGUAUGUAUCUUGAACAGUUUACGUUAUCUUUACCUAAAUAUUACAUAAUUUCUUCUGUACUACAGAAUUUCAAAGAGCAUAUUAUCAAUAUCUUAAUAAUCAGUGUUAUAAUCAUUUAAGGUAAAUA